CUCAGCAACAGUUCAAUGGUGGCUGCAGCUUAUGUCUCCUACCUAAAUAAACUUUUUGGACAGGAAAGAGAACUGAUGCCACUGGAGCUUGAUGAGCUCCAAGAGGCCUUCAAGGAAUUUGACUAUGACGCAGAUGGCUUCAUCCAUUACAAAGACAUCGCAGACUGCAUGAGGACCAUGGGCUACAUGCCUACUGAGAUGGAGCUCAUUGAGAUCAUCCAGCAAAUCAAGAUGAAAUGGGGUGGCCAUGUUGAUUUCGAUGAUUUCUGUGAGUUAAUGGGACCGAGGAUGGUGGCAGAGACCGCUCACAUGGUUGGACUCAAAGAACUGCGCAGUGCUUUUAGACAGUUCGACUGUGACGGCGAUGGAAAGAUCACUCUGGAUGAGCUGAAGGAAGGCAUGAAGACCCUCCUCGGGGAGAAGCUGAAGAAGGGCGAGCUGGAGGAGAUUCUGGGGGACAUUGACCUCAACAAAGAUGGCUGCAUUGACUUUGAUGAGUUUGUUAUGAUGCUUUCUGCACGAUAACCCUUGAUGGAAGAUGAAGAUUGAAAUGGACUGAGAAGCUGUGCUGCAGGAACACACGGCAACUGUCUGCUUCUAUAAUAAAUUUAUAUUUUUAUAUAUAUUCUAUCUGUGUGUUGCCUUGUUGUAAAACUAUCCAGUGAAGGACGUUUGUCUUCUUGGAUUUUCACAAUAAAAAGAUCUGGUUGCAUAACUGAACUGGGUAAAGGGUUAGUGGUAAAAUCUACACUGUGUGUAGAAAAGAAAUGCUGCAUGACUGCCCCCCUGUGGUUAAAAAAGUCUCAUCUGUUUUUUUUAUGUAUUCAUUAACCUUACACCUUUAGAUGUAUGCAAACUGAUUUAAUAAAAAAUAUUUUUUUAUUGUCACAAUAAAGUCAUGUCCUCCGUG